AUGGCCCUGCUCUUCUCCUUGAUCCUCGCCAUUUGCACUGGACCUGGUCUCUUAGAUGCCCAGCCAAGCUCUCAUUCCUUUGGAGGGCCUUUGUCCAGAGUGCGGCUUGUGGGAGGCGACCACCGCUGUGAAGGGCGGGUGGAGGUACAGCGGGCCAGCGAGUGGGGCACGGUGUGUGAUGACGGCUGGGACGAGAACGACGCAGCUGUGGUGUGCCGGGAGCUGGGUUGUGGAGCCGUCAAGAAGGCAAUCAGUGGUACUGCAUUUGGGCCACUGACACAAGAAGAUCAAAAAAUCUUCGUCCAAGAAUUCCAAUGCAACGGCAUGGAAGAGAGCCUGUCUCAGUGUGAAAGGGAAGAUUUUUUCGACUGCAGCCACAAGGAGGACGCGGGAGCUGUAUGUGGGUUCCCAGAGAACGUGCGGCUGGUCGACGGCCCCAAGCGCUGCCAGGGCCGGGUAGAGGUGAAGCACCAAGGGCAGUGGGGCACCGUAUGCAAAGCAAGCUGGAGCUUUGCAGCCACCAAGGUCGUGUGCCGGCAACUGGGAUGUGGACGGGCCCUGCUGACCCGGAAAUGCUGCAACAAAGCCACCCAGGGCCAAGGGCCCAUCUGGCUGAGAAAGGCAUCAUGCUCAGGAAAGGAAAGCAGCCUUGAGGAGUGCCCUGCCGGGGUCUGGGAGAGGAGCAACUGCACCCACGAUGACGAUAUGUGGGUGGAAUGUGAAGAUCCCUUUGAGCUGCAGCUGGUAGGAGGAGACGGCCGCUGUGCCGGGAGGCUGGAGGUGCUGCACAAGGGCCAGUGGGGCACCGUCUGUGACGACGGCUGGGGAGAAGCAGCGGACCGCGUGGUAUGCAGGCAGCUGGGCUGUGGGCCACCCCUCUCUCCACCUGCCAAAUUCCGGAGAAGAUUUGGCCCAGGGGCCGGCCGCAUCUGGCUGGACGACGUGGCUUGCUCAGGGAAGGAGAGGUCCCUGGAGGAGUGUCCGCACAGGUUUUGGGGCCGGCACAAUUGCAACCAUGCAGAGGACGUGGCUGUGGUCUGUGCAGGUGCUCGCAACCACGGCUGGCACCUCACUGCCCUUCUGCUUCUCGGUGACAGCACAUUCUUCCGGGAGCAGGGCAGUGUCCUGUAA